CCUCCUUCCCAAUUGCUCCUCGCCAUCACCUCGCUUUCGGACCGUCAUCUCUCGCCCUCGCUCUGCCUUUGCAAACCAAUGGCGUCAGAGCUUGCUAUGCGCCGGUCAACGCUCUCUGGUCGAUCAACGGCUUCUCCAAAUGCGCAUACCAAGCUCGCCUUGAAUCUCAAGUCGUUCUUGAAGUCUGCCAAACGCAACGUUUGUAACUAAUAUUCAAUAUGUCCGGCAUUUGCGAUUGUCUCUGCAUGCUCUCGACUCCCGUGAUCGACGGCGGCUGCCACUGGAUCCUCGCAUGCUCAGAUCGAGCUCUCGGUCUCCUACUCGAACCUCGUCCCGCCCUGCCCACGCUCGCUACGGAUCUCCCUCCUAUCAAAGCCCCCCUCCCUCCAAGGUCUUGGGUGUCUUUGGUCUCAGCCUGAGAACCCGCGAGGAAGACUUGCAGCAUCUCUUUGGGGAGUACGGACGCGUUGAAAAGGUUACCCUCAUCGUGGAUCGCAAUACCAACCAAUCCAAGGGUUUUGCCUUCGUCCAAAUGGCGGAUGAAAACAGUGCCGCCGAAGCCAAGGAGAAGCUCAACGGCAUGAGCUACCACGAUCGGUCCAUGCGUGUCGACUUUUCGUUCACCUCCAAGCCCCACGAUCCCACCCCUGGCCAGUACAUGGGACGAAAGACCCAGCGCGACGGCUUCCGUGACCGUGGCGGACGCUUUGACCGCGAUCGCCGCGACCGUGAUCGUUUCGACCGCCGUGAUCGCGACUACGAUCGCCGCGACCGUGACUAUGAUCGUGAUCGCGAUUACGAUCGCCGUGACCGCGAACCCGACCGAGACUACGAUCGUGACCGUGGCUAUGAUCGUGACCGUGAUUACGAUCGCCGUGAUCGCGAAUACGACCGAGACUAUGAUCGCGAUCGCGACCGCGAUUACGAUCGCCGCGACCGAUACGAGCGCGAGAGCCGACGCCAACGCAGCACCAGCCGCGAGCGAAGAUACCGCAGCCGCUCGCGCUAGACGAGAGGCGACAGUCUUUUGCGCCUGGCCAGCUGCCGCUGGAGCUCGGAUGCCAACCGUUUCCUCCCAUCUUGCUUUCCUGCCGACGCGCCGGCUGAUGCUGUGGCUGCAGCGACGAUCGACGGAAGAGGAGCGCAUCCGCACUUGCUCUGUCCGCUCCCGCUCUGCUCGUGCCCGAUGCUCGAGCGACGAAAUAUACACGUUGUGCAAUCUAGCACCC